AUGCUCGUAUUUUCGCCUCCGUCACUUGGCCUCAAUCUCCCUCCGUCAUUUCCAUCACCGAGCCGCGUUUCGGUUACAUGCCCCUACCCACACUUUGGGCCUUUCGCCGGCCGCAUCUGCGUAAUCUGCCGCACCUCAAUCGACGUGCAGGGUCCUGCUGGCAUCCUUUGCCGCGGCCAGCCAGGCCAUCCCAGCAAAUCUCCCGCUGGCGUCAGCAGCCUCCCCACCCGUCGUCGCUUCGGCUCCUGCCUCGUCGUCGUCGCUGGCGGCUCCUCAUCGACCCGGCCCGUCCGUCGAAGCGGAACAGUUCGUCGAGUGCGGCGGAGAGCGGCAGCCUUCUCCCACCUGCCUUGCGUCGGUAACCGUCGACCGCGACGUGCUUACGGUGCUUUCGACUCCGAGUGGCCUGCAUCGUCCCUCCUCCGUACAGUACUCGUGCGCGAACGACCUGCCGUCCUACGGGCACGCGACGGCCAGCUCGCUGCUUACCUUGCACGAGCGCCCCGUCGCCGUUAA